GUAAAAAUAUCUUGUGGCAGACUAAAUAUGUUCCAAAUUUUAGAAAAUUGUUCUCCAAUUUCUUCUGAAAAUGGACACAUUUCAUUUGCUCCAGUUACCAUAUCCAGUGUUCAAGAAAAUAAUCGAUUAUACUCCACUUGGUAAUUUAAUUCCAUUUAUAUUUUUGAACAAAAGUAUUCGAAAUAUGGUGAAGCUGAAGGAUUAUGGGAAUGUUAAUCUAAACGUUACCUACAAAUCUAAUAUUUGUUCAAUUAAUGUUACAUGCGACGAUGGAAGUUCGACAUUCAUUCAGUUUUAUCAGCUGACAAAGUGCCCAGAAUUUGGCCAUACUGCUGUCAGAUACGAAGAAUGUGAUUUCAGAAUAAGUAAAACUAAACAAAAUGCAAUGGUGUACACUGGACAAAAAAUGGAUGAAGCCAUAAUGAUUUUCAUCGAUGCAAUCAUCCGUUUGUUCAGUUCUUCAACAUUUCAUCUGACAUUUUCAAACAUUGAAACCUGCAAUUAUUCCCUAUUUCUCUAGUACAAGUCAUUUACAUAUUUGAAGUCUCUGAAAGCAGGAAGAAGGAAUCCGAAUCUGUUUCCGGAAGAUUUUUUUAUGGAAGCCUGUGUACCAAGAUCCAUUGAUUUUGUUCCAUGCAAUGAGAAAAUACUAUCUAGACAAGAAGAGAUUCAUCUGCCAGAAACUGACCCGAAAAAGUGGAUGGAACAUUUUUUGAAUUUGGAUUGCAACAAAGUGAUUCUUAACACAAUGUUAUCAGAUGUUGCAACCAAAUGCUUACAUAAUUUUCUCAAGAACUGGAGAAGUGGUAUGAAUUCUUGUUUUCAACACUUGGACACUUACACUUUCGAAUUCGUGGACCAUAGUAAAUUUUUGGAAGGAAUUUCCGAUAAGACUAAUUGGCUGAGCAACGGAAAACAAAUCGCUUUUGAUGCUAACAGAGAAAUCCGAUUGAAGUAUGGAUAUGAUAUCAAACGAGAAGACGGAUUAUGCUUAUCACUCGUGUAUUUUGCACCGACAGAUCGUUCCAUUUUAUCGUAUUCUUUGAAAGUGGUCAUUUGGAGACCAUGAAGCUUUUAGCUUCAACUCUGGAAACUAUAAUUAACGUUGUAACAAUAAGUUCUUAUAGGGUAAAUUCAAUAUAGAAAUUUUCAGUAUUUCUGAAGUUUUUAGUAUAUUUUCAACGAAGAUAAAUAGAGUAACAAAUAGUAAAGUAUAAAUCUUUUAUCAAGGGUCCCGAUUCCAACUCUUACUUGUAUAAAUG